CCAUGAUAUAGAGUGACCAUGUUUGACCAAUGACUUCGCUCGCAUACCGAUACAGUCAGCGAGUCACGCUAGGCAACCAAUCAGAAGCCACACAGGAAGCGCAAAACAACACAUCAAAGCACGUGGAUGCACUGGUCCUUGAAGUGCACAAAGUGGGUCACAGUGAUUCGGGCUUUCAUUCAUUCGAAACGCCAYUGUUCGAUAGAGCUUAUAGCAAACCAAAAAUUAUCUAUUAGAGGGAAUUUUUUGAAAGCUUGCUACAAAUUUGCUUGAAAAGGCUGGAAUACAGUAAUGUUGAAGACGUUCGCGAUAGUGAUGUAAGACUUGACAAACACAACGACUGCUCGAAAUUCCAUCAAAGCAUGUUUGCAUUGUCAAACCAGCAAACAUCCAGUAUGGAUUGAAAAGGUAGGGGCUACAGCUUCAAGURGCACGUCUUGCAAUGGCCAAGAACUACGAAGAAAUUGCUGAAAUUGGAACCGGCGCCUUUGGCACGGUWUACAAGGCCAAAGACCUAAAGAAUGACGGUCAAUUCGUAGCUUUGAAGAGAGUUCGAAUCAUCAACACUGAGGAUGGUAUCCCCUUAUCGACGAUUCGGGAAAUUGCCUUGUUGAAGCAAAUCGACCACUGCGCUCAUCCGAAUGUUGUACGAAUUUUGGAUGUGUUUCAUAUUCCUAUGGUAUUGAUGAAAGAGAUUCACCUCAACUUAGUUUUCGAGCACGUGGAACAAGAUUUAGCAGCUUAUAUAGAUGACUGCCCUCCUCCUGGAAUUAGUGAAUGGAAAGCUAAAGAUAUCUCAUACCAGUUACUAAAUGGUGUUGACUUUCUGCAUACUCAUCGCAUUGUUCAUCGCGACCUUAAACCUCAGAACAUAUUAAUUACUGGAGAUGGACAAGUUAAAAUUGCUGAUUUUGGACUAGCUAGAGUUUACAAAGAUGCCAUGGCUCUGACAUCAGUGGUUGUCACCCUGUGGUAUCGCGCUCCUGAAGUCCUCCUUCAGUGUAGCUAUGCUACAGCUGUUGAUAUUUGGAGUGUAGCAUGUAUAAUGGCCGAAUUGUACAACAGAUCACCUUUAUUUGAAGGGAAAUCUGAGAUGAAUCAGCUUGCAAAAAUAUUUAGUGUGAUAGGAUUACCACCUCAAGAGGAGUGGCCACAAGGAGUUUCAGUACCAUGGACGUCUUUUCACAAUUAUAAUGCAGAACCCUUAGAGAACAUUAUUUAUGAAAUGUGUCCAGAUGGAAUAGACUUACUGAAGAAAAUCCUAGUGUUUCAGGGCAAGGACAGACCAUCAGCUUGUGAAGCCAUGCAGCACAAAUUCUUCCAUGAAUUCAAUCAAGAUAACGACAAAGAAAAUUCCCAAAGCAACUCCAACACAUCAAAUCAACAUUAAGACGAAGAGUGUGUGUAAUAACCAUUGGGAUUUACAAGUCAGUAAGAUAAAAAUGAGUGGAGCUUUUAGUGUCAUAUUGACGUGAAAAGACUCUUUUUCAUGAACCUGUGAAGCAGUUGGUGUAUAAAUCUAGUUGAAUUCAACCAUAAGAAAACAGAAGAGAAUACUAAACUCACKCCAAAUGUUUCAGGGGAUUAUGAAAACCACUCCAACCUGAUAGUUUGAUUAAAGUGUGUGCUGUAUCAUGGUAGAGAUAUAUUUAACAUAGCACAACACUUGCACCAAUCAAAGGUGUUUAGUAAAGUACAAUUAAUAUGAAGUAUAUAUUUAAAUCAAAUGUUUUUGAGUGAAAAAUAUCCUUUUUAAUCUGUAACUGUUUCAGUUAGUGUAACUUCUUCUAUUUAUUUAUAGCAAUUGAUUCAGUUAAUGAGGUUUUAAACAUCGAUUUUUAGAAGACUUUUAUUCUUGUUAUUGUUCACUAUAGUACUUCUUCUUCGUGACGAAGCAUUUUUAAACAAUUGUUACAGUGUUGCCAUUGUAUAUUUCAUUGGCUCAUUGUGUUCUAGGAGUCUUUAUGUUGAUAAACAUUUUAAUUUCUUUUAAAUUUUAGACUCAUUAUUUUAUUACAGUGAUUUACCUUCUUGUGGCCACCAUUCAGAUUCUACAAUGACUUUGUUUUGUAGACUGUUGACUGUUAGUUCAUUGCAUAGAAAAACCACUAAUCAAACUCCUUGAAAACUUCAACCUUCAUGAAUUAAGUAUAUUUUUAGAAAUAAAAAACCUCCUUUCAUGGCCGAACAUGCAGUUUCAAAUAAACUGGCAAACUUGUAGGAACCUUUGCUUGGGUGGCCACAUUUUAAGGUGCAUUGGGCUGUAAUAUCAAAGCUGUUGUUGUUUUUACUUUUACUAAAGGAUUUUUCAUUUUUCACUGAAAUUGGACCUUCAAGCUUCUUGGAAACCAAGAAUAUAGUAACUGAACAUUCUGUUCAGAUAAUAUUUAGACAAAAUAUGAUAUUGUUAGUGUUUAAUUGCAUAUAUUUUAUAAAGUUGUCUCUGUUAAAGGUUGUAGAGAGGUAACAUUUAAGAACAUCAUGGGUCAGUUGGAUGUCAUAUUGGCAGAAAAGCUACAAAGUUACACAAGCAUCUUAAAAACAAUGUUCAUGAUAYGAGUCGGAAUAUCUUUUCACAAAGAACAACUUUCUAACAAUAAAUGCAUUGAAUAAAAUUUUAAGUUCAGUGAUUAUAGUAUAAUAUAAUAUAUUAAAUGAAUUUGUGUUGACUUGACUGUACACUACAAAAGUCAUAGUACAUGUACUUGUAUUCUCAUUAAUGUUUCAUUUUUUAAGUGAUAACAAACAAAACUGCGAGGCUGUUGCUAUACACCCCAUGUGGCGGUUUUACAGUAGACAUGUGAUUUUACUGCAACUGCAGUAAGGUCCCUAGGGUGUUUAUAGUGACUUUGGUAGGAAGUAAGAGUUUUUUUGCAGUUUAUGUGGUGUGUAAGUUAGUGAGGAAAGAAACCUCUUUUGUAUCAAAAGUGUGAACAAUUGUACACUCAGAUUGUGUGACUGGAAUAAUUAUUCCAUAAUUUUSAAAACUGUAGACUUCAAAUCAAGUGUGUAAACAAUAUUGAAUAAGUUUGAAAUAAAAAUAAAAAUGUUGACAAUC